AUGAAUUGUUUAGCGGCCUUCAAUCAUAGACUAUUCUCCUCUGAGUUGCAAGAUGAGUCUGCACUUGCAAAAUCAUUUGAUCAAGCAAACAAGGGACAAGGUCAAGGACUCACAGCCUUCGAUAUAUUAUCCGAUAAUAGAACGUCUAAAACAGAAAAAUACCCCAACACGAAAAGGAAGCGCUCAGAAAAAGAACCGAAGAGACUAUGUCCUAUACAGCCAAAAAAACAUAUUAAACAGAACUAUGAAACACCUGAAAAGCUACAAAACUUUUUAAAGAGAAAAAACACUCAUACUCCCAUCGAUGCUAAUACUGUUUACCCAUCGGCACCAAUGUAUAUAGAAGAUAUAAUCAUCAGAGACACCGAUAGGUCAAAGAUGCAAACGCCUACCACCAGCCUUCCAGGAAGUCAAUCAUUAAAUUCGUAUAAUGAACAUGAAACUUUUGGGAAUAGCCUGCAUUUUCAACUUACACCAUUUUCAUCAACAGACAGUUCUACCAGCCAAAAGUACGAAAAAGAAUACAAGAAUUAUGGGAAUCAUUUGAAAAGCGCAAAACAGGACCCAUGCGGAAAAAUUCCCUGUCCCACAUAUACAAAAACAAACAAAUCAAACUCAACGUCCCCCAAAGAGAAGGUCGUAAUUAUCUAUGAUGAUGAUGAAGUGAGAGACUACUUGUAUGUGUUCGGCUCCCGAUCCCAACACAAAAAGCAAGAUUACUCGGCUGUAGCCAAAAAGAAGACUUUUCAAAGCAACAACUUCUCCAACUUUCCUCUAUUAAAAACCCUGAUGGAUCCACAUUACAUCCCAAAAACAGCGGAAGAACGGUCACUGUGCAUUCAGCUUUUGGAAGAAGUACUCAAUACAUAA